UGGAAAUAAACGAAGUGUAAUAUUCUACCUAUAAGUAAAUACUUUAUAAAAGUGUCAAAUGCACAGAGGUUAUAAAUAAAUAAUCCAUCGUGUGUUGGUAUUCAAGCGAUUAAUUUUACUUAUUGAAAUUUCUUUCUUGAUAUACUUAUAAGGAAAUUAUGUAGUUACGAUGGUGGCAAAUACAGGAAGUGAUAUGACUGGAUCUAUUUACCAUGAAAGACAGGUAAAAGAGCUUUGUGCUCUACACGCAUUAAAUAAUUUAUUUCAAGAACGUGAUUUUAGUAAACAAGAAUUAGAUCAAAUUUGUUAUAGCUUAAGUCCUGCAGUGUGGAUUAAUCCUCACAAAUCUUUAUUAGGACUUGGAAAUUAUGACAUUAAUGUUAUUAUGGCUGCAUUACAACGAAGAGGCCGUGAAGCAGUUUGGUUUGACAAACGCAGAGAUCCAAAGUGUCUUUGCCUUGACAAUAUUGAAGGCUUCAUAUUAAAUGUUCCAACAGAAUAUAAACUGGGUUUUGUAUUACUCCCAUUGAAAAGGCGUCAUUGGAUUGCCUUGAAAAAAAUUCAUGGUACCUUUUAUAAUUUAGAUUCAAAGUUAGAUUCACCACAACUUAUAGGAAAAGAUAAUGAAUUGCUUGUAUAUCUCAAGGACCAAAUAGAUAGUAAAGAAAAGGAGUUAUUUCUUGUUGUCUCUAGAGAGAUAGAUAGUAAUCAAGGAUGGUUAAUGGAGUCAUAUGAAAUUAAGGAAGAUAAUAAUAUUGAUCAUGAUUCAAUUAGGUAUAUCGAAGAUGGCUAUCCAUCUGACAUAGAUUUAAAGAAAUCGGAAUCUAAAGAGAUGAAUGAAAACGAGGAAUUAAUAUGUAAUAAAAAUACUAGAUAAUUUUUACUCAACAAUAAAAGUGUGAUAUUAAUGUGGGAUAAUAUGAUUUAUGGAGGAAGGAAUCAAGGCAAAUGAUCAAUGGAUUUUUUAAAUUAUAAGAAAUACUAUCGGAAGAGCAAAAAGUUAGAGUUAAUGAAUGUUUUUCUGAUAUAGAACUCUACAAAGUAGCAGUUCUGACUAUACUUAGAUUACUAUCUCAAUACAUUGAAAUUGUUGACAAAUAAUUUGAAUUUCUAAUUAAUAAUUC